CACUGUGUCUUACUCGCGUACUUUUGCUGCUGUUGCAGUGUGAGGUCUCCAUGGAGCCCGUGACUCCUUACUUGUGCAGAUAUAAAGGUUAUGUGUUCGGAACAGGACUGACCACCCCAGAGUACAUCGAUUCCCUGCAGACCUUUGAAAUACGGGACAGUGACAUUUUUCUUGUCACUUACCCCAAGUCAGGCACCGUAUGGACCCAGCAGAUCAUCACGCUGCUCAUGGAGGAGUCCGGCGCGGGCGACGCCUACACUACCAACCUGGACAAGAUGCCGUGGCUGGAAUAUCCUGACGGCCGACCC